UAAUGGCCGCCGCGGCCCCCCGCGGCCCAUCCUCCCCGCCGCGCGCCGACCUCCACUCCGCUCAGUCUCUCGUCGACCGCUUACGGAGUGAGUGCCUUCCAGCCCCACAUCGCCCGGCAUCCGCGGAUCCGAAUGUGAAACUGUGUUUCCCUAUCAUGGUGACGGUGUUUCUUUUUGAGAGUUUGAAAAAUCUGUGACAAUUUACAAAAGAAGUGAAGAAGGCCGAUCUCUCGCGCUCCGCUCGACACCCGGCGGCGAGAUGUCGGUUAUGCAGAAACGGCAGCACUGCUACUUGUGCGACUUGCCCCGUAUGCCAUGGGCGAUGUUGCACGAGUUCUCGGAGGCGGUGUGCCGUGGGUGCGUCAACUACGAGGGUGCGGACCGGAUCGAGGUGGUGCUCGAGACGGCGCGCCAACUCAAACGGGCCCAUGGAUUCCAAGAGGGACGGGGCCCUACACACGCCAAGGGUGCUCACCGCACGCCACUGGAGGCUCAUCAGAACGGAGCCGAAACAACAGCAAGAGGCCAACCGGCACCGCCGGCUCACCAUACACCUGCUGCAGGAUUUACGUUACAUCACGCUCGGCCGGCGGCCAGCACUGGAUUGCUGACAGAGUAUGGUCGUCGAGAUGAACACGAAGGACGGAGACUAGCUCACCUGCCGACGCACCACUUGCCGGCGCAUGGUGGUGCUCGCCUCGCGCCCGGCCUCACACUCAAAAGGCCGCUGGAUGACGAUGACCAUCAGAAUCACCAUGAGCCCGCCAAAAGACUGCUGGAGGAGCAUUCCCGGCCACCACUAACCCGUGGAGAUUCUUUACCGGCGGUCUCACUAGCGGCCCCGUUCGCUCCCGACCGGGUUUUCAAGCAGGAAAAACAUCCUCUACGCACUCCGUCUUUUGAUGCGUCUUCUUUCAAAACUAACGGUUAUGGAAAUAGUGCGCCGUUAACAAACGGGUCCGCCGGGUCUCCUCUGGGGCGCACGGCCGGGUCGCCUCCAGUAACGGGUGCAGGCGGUGCGGGCCCGUCCCCGAUGGCGGCGCUCAUGUCGGUGGCCGACACGCUGCCGCCGGGCUCGCCGCGAUCCGCUGGUGGAUCCCCCCCACAAGCGCCCCAACAGCGCUCCAACAGCCGCUCCAGCCAACACUCACCCAACUCCUCAGGGUCGAACGGAGGGCGGCGGUCGUCGGGCUCGCGGCACGUGUCGUCGACGACAUCGGUGUCGUCGACGGAGGCCGGGGAGGGCGCCGAGGCGACGGCUCCUGCGCCCGCGCCGCUGCUCAAGUGCACGCUAUGCCAGGAGCGCCUGGAAGAUACACACUUCGUCCAGUGCCCCAGUCAGCCGCACCACAAGUUCUGCUUCCCCUGCUCGCGGGACUCUAUCAAGAGACAGCAAGGAUCUGAAGUUUACUGUCCAAGUGGAGAAAAAUGCCCACUGGCGAACUCGACAGUCCCAUGGGCAUUCAUGCAGGGUGAAAUCGCCACAAUCCUAGGCGAGGAGUUCAAACCGAAGAAGGAAAGGGAGACUUAGGGCCGCUCAUUGAAGUCCUGACGCUACCUCUUUUCCCUCUCGCUGUGAACGCGAGAGGCGUGCCGCGGCAUGCGGCCGCAGGCGCCCAGGCGCGCGGCUCCGCGGCGCCGGCCACCGGCCGGUCUCACGAACCGAUCACUUGUAUAUAGCUCUGUAAAUAGUCUUAAUUUAGUUCGCUCACCGAAACUCUGACGGAUUCGGAACCGGCUUUGAUGCAAGGCCAGGAUAUGCACCGUAUUCAGCGUAUUCGAUUUGUAAUUUUCUAAUUUUAUUUAUUGGAGACUCAGGGGAGUUUUAUCGUGCGUUGAAAACGGUGCCGUAUUCUGGAUAUAGUACAUAUCUGUUUUCGAUGAUUUUUGGAUUGUCUUGACAGAAGACAAGUUGCGGGAGGAUGUUAGGAUCUGAAGUCAUUCUCGUGUGGAGCGCUCGCCGCGGCGAGUUUCGUUCGGAUGCCAUUUUCUUAGUUACCUGUAGGUCCCGAACCAUAGUGAACUUGGCAUUUAUUUAUGUGAUUCUAUAUACUGUACGAGUAUUACGCGAUAUAUUGAUCAUGACAUAUUUUAUGUAGUCGGAAGUACUGAUUGUAUAAACGUAGAUUUCGAAUGUCGGAAGCGCAUAGCUACCUGUACUGUACAGAUCUUAGCUCGAUGUAUAUUUGUAUUUAUUACAUACAAAGUAUGCAAAUAGUCUUGUUUUACACGAAGCGAUUUAUUCAGAGUGGCUCGAGUUCCGUUAAUGUCUUGCAUUCGAUGACUAAUUCGGCCUGUUGAUGAAUUUACUUUUUACUCUUAGCGAUGAUGACGUUGUUAAUUUCCAUAAAAUCAUUCAAAAUUCUAAUUGUGGACGUGGCUCUGCGGGGCUGUCGGUGUUUUGAGUUGAUUAUUUUGUAAGGAUAAGUUGUUGAGUUGCCCGGAGCGCCCGUUGCCGGCGCGGCCGCGCGCCGCCGCCGAGGCUACAGUAUUAGCGGGCUCGCUUGCACACGCGGGGGCUACCUAGUCAUUUUGUGAAAUGUCAAAUUGUCAGAACCGCGCGCACGCGGCUGUUAUAGGAACUCUUAAAACUCGCUGCUAUAUUUGUAUAAAGUCAAGUAAUUAUCAUUAUAUAAUUAUCAUUAUAUAUAUCAUAAUGUUAAACGAUUCGUAGUGUAUGUCAAUUUCGAAGACUAUCAGAUGUCGACCGCAUAGCUUGAUAACAUUUUACUUUUGCAUUUGAAUUGUUUAUUAUCGUAGUUUUACGAUUUAACUAUUACUUACUGGCUAUAAUUGUGCGACUGUGUGCUAUUACUAAUGGACCUUCCGAUUUGAACAUCCAUUACCUGGACAUACAUUUUAUUAGUUCAGCAUUUGCUAAUGUGUCAUUAAUAAUAGUCACGGCUAUGUAUAUUAUAUGUAUGUUUUUGUGUUACUACGACUAAUUAUAUCUGCUUGGUAUUACUUUGAAUAGCUUAUUAUGUAUAUCGAGACACGAAUAUGUCUUUAAACCCAUUAGUACAUUCAAUUAAAUUGACAUGUCCAUUAUUUAUUUUAGGUGAUAUUACAUGUACAUAAUACGUAUGUUGUACAUAUUUUGUCUACUUUGUAAAUAUAAUAGGUAGCAUGGAACAGCCACGGAAUAUCUUGGAGGCUCUCCAUCCAGUAUUAUUAGGGACUCUGAGCCUUGUAGGAACAUUAUGUAACUUUUUAUAACCUCAGACGAAAACAUUUGUUUACUUAUGAAAAUUGUGAAAUCGGUUUUAUUCUUCAUUAUUAUUAACAUCUCUUACAACUUUAAUAAUUGCAUGUUUAUACCGGGUGCUAUCCCAUCCUGAGGCCUGUAUCGAGUACACUCUGUAUUGAUAUUUUAUUGUUUUGGCAUUUUGUGAUAAUAUAUUAACAAAUCAAUAUUAGUUUUUGUCGAACGAUGUUUUUCGAAUGAUGCUACUUAACGUCGUGUUUCUGAUAGAUUCGAAAUUGAUGGUUAGUAUUAUCAGUGAAACCACCCACGACGGGUUUGUCAACUGAUUAGAGUCCGCUAAACGCGGCAACGAUAAAUUUGGAAGCACGUUAUGUGCAAUUUUGUUUACAUUUGACAUGUUAAAUGUACGAAUUUAUUUACGCGAUUUAAACUGUAAAAUUAUUGGUGGCAGCAACUGCACCGAAGCGUUCGAUAUUGUUGAUUACAUUUCAUCGUGAUUUGUGACUAAACAGUGAUGAUAGGAUUGGUAUAGACGCUAGAGUGACAUUCAAUUUUCGGAGUCAAUGACAUCGAACGAACGUUGCGCUUAUCCUGCGAGGUUAUUGUUGAAAGUAAAGUGGUGUAUCCCAAGGAGGUGUCUUUGGGCCGUCUUUUUAGAAAGUUUAUGUAGGUUUUUAUGAUGUACUUUUAUAUAUUACGAAUAAUUUUAAGCGUACAUUCAACAUGUCAAAGCGUCAUAGUCCGCCUUUUCACAUAGGCUUGUUUGUAGUAGUCGGUGACUCGACUCGGAAGGUAUAAUUUUAAGACUCGUCUCUUUCUUACUGUAUUCAGCAAGUGAAAUGCUUCGAUUAAGACGUUAAUGUACAUGUUGGUGAAAUACAAUUGAUGUGAUUUUGUAA